CCUCCUGACCCUGAAGCCUUGGACAACCCUCCGGUAGAAUACACGGCAAGGUAUCAGUUGUGAUUUUAAGAUAUUACCUCUGCUGAUGUUAUCAGAGGGAGUGAUUGGGGAUGAUGAGCCGAGGGAACCUUCCAACCAAGACUUGACUUCAACCACAGGAGGUCUUGGUGUCGCAUCUUCGCUUGCCUGCGCUGGGGUGGAGAGUAGCCUGCAUUUAUUCGGUGGGGUGUUCGUCGGCAAGGCUGCCGAGGCGUACUGGACGGCGAUCUUGCAGCUGCGAAGGGGCGAUGGCUCCUGCUUCGAGGAUAGCCAGACCGGCGCCGCGAGAGGAGACGCGCGGCGGGCCGACGGCGCAAUUCGCGGGCUGAAACGGAAACGAGCGGGAGCGGUGGCACCAAGCGAUGCCACCCCGCGUGCCCCGGAGGGGCGGGCAGCGGCUCAAGCAAAGGCCGCAGGGCACGGCUGUACGACCUUCGUAUCAGAGUGCAGUUUGCCCACCGAAAAGGGGAACUUCCGGUUGCGAGCCUAUCGGUAUGCGGACGGGGUCAAGACGCACGAACCUGUGGUCAUGGUUGCGGGGAACGUGCGAGGCCGAGAGAACGUACCUGUGCGAGUCCACGACCAGUGCCAGACCUCGGAGGUGCUCGGGUCGAAACGAUGCGACUGUCGGGAGCAGCUAGACUUGUCGCUGCGGUACAUCCAGGAGCACGGGGGCGGCGCUGUUAUCUACCUCGCGCAGGAGGGCCGCGGAAUUGGGCUAGCGAACAAGGUCGCUGCGUACGCGCUCCAGGAUGAUGGACUGGACACUGUAGAAGCAAAUCGACAACUCGGCUUUGGAGACGACGAACGCUCGUACGAGUGUGUCGAAUUCAUCCUUGGAGACAUGGAGAUAAAAAGUGUUCAACUCAUGACCAACAACCCUUUCAAGAUCGAUUGGCUGAGGGCCACGGGGGUCAAGGUGGAGGGGCGCAUUCCCGUCGAGGUGCCCGCCAACGAGCACAACCACGGCUACCUUGAAGCGAAGGCCAGCCGCAUGAGCCACCUCAUUAAUACUUUGUAGGAAGGGUUUCUGCCGUGGCUACGCCUCCUUGGGAAGCAGUACAGACCGAUUGGUGGCCGGUGUUGUUAGUAGAUGUGGUCAUAGAGCGUUGAUAGGACAACGUUGCUGUUAUAGGGUUGUACUUUGCGGGCAAGGUAGGGAAGGUGCAAAUUGCAGUGUGCAACUCGAACGUUCGUCAUGUUCCAUGCGGAGGAACUUUGGACAUCGGUGUGAUCGAGGUCGACAGUGGUGGGAAAUGUGCAGAUAGUACCACAUUUGUUUUGUGUGGAUUCUCCCGUCAGUUUGCCCCAUGUAGUUGAGGAGCGAUAAGAGCACUCUACCGUAUUCCGUGCCACGGGGUGCUAGUAUUUUUCAGGCCAUGUGUUGAGGAAGAGACGAGUGUGAGAGUGUUGCUGAGGAUGACGCUAAG